UAGUAGCGUGUGUGUGUGUGUGUGUGUCGUAUAUGUGGGGUGUGUAUGUGUGUGAGAUUGAACAUUAGCAAACUGUUCAGUGUGUGACGGUCUUUCAGAGAUGCAGCGUCUCUGCACUACGCUCUGUGGGCUUCUCACUUCCUGUAUGUAUUCCUGGGGUUCCGUUUCCUCUUUUUCCGUCAGUCAGUCUCCGUCUACAGUUAUACUGCGUGUAGGAGAACAACUUCAGAUCAUCUGCAGCUACAAUGUCAGCAACAAUUCAUCAAUAAAAGUGAAAUGGUUUAAAAACAAUCAGACAAUUGGAUUGAACCAAACUAACAAAUUCUCAGAACCUUGCAUCAACAAACCCUGUAGAACAUUAAUCAUAAACAACACUGACAUAAAUGAUGAAGGUUUUUAUAUUUGUCAAGUUACACAAGACAUUCCUCAAUUGGUGACUGUAAAUGGACCGGGGACAAAAGUUACAUUCAAGAAUAACCAUACAGAAGGCAUAGUUACCUCUACAACUCAGAGCAAUUCACCCACAACGCCAACAAGUAGCUCUGGAUCCUUGCAGGCGGCGGUAGGGGGGUCGGCAUCGGCUGCUGCGGUCAUUCUGUCCAUCUGCGUGUGUGUGUGUGUGUGGUGGAUGAAGACAAGAUCCAAACAAUCAGAGAGAAUGGUGAUCAGGGAAGGGCCUCCGAGCGAAGGGGAUGAACCAGAACACAGCGAGGACGGAGAUAGCUCAAGAAAUUCCAGAGGAUCCACACAAUGGUAUAUGGUUCCUGUGUACGAGUCCUACUUCGACCUGCAGAGGAGUGACAAAGAUCAGUCUGCAGACUCAGAUGGUUCCACAUGUGCAGCAGCUCAGAAGUGAUAACACAGAUAAGAGGAACAACAGGAAAUUUAGUCAGAAACCCCAGCUAACGUGAGCAGAAUGUUGGUCAUUUCGACUGAACAAGCGUUUUCUAAAGAGCAUCGAAAUCGCUUUAGCAAAUCUUUAACCUUUGAUUCUGCUGCUCUGGGAAAGUGAUCAGAAAUAAAGUGGUCAUUUUAUUAGCAGGUGGAUUUUAUUAAAAACUGUCAGUCAGAAGGUUUAUUUUUUUGUUUGCUUGUAUUUGUCUUUAGCCAGACAGAUAGAUUGUUAGCUACAAAUGCCAUGAACGUUUGUAAGGAGUUAAGGAACUGAUUAGUGUCAUUUAGCAAAAGUUUAACUGCAAAGUGGGUUGAAACAAAUUAAAUAUGUAGUCAGCGCUAGCCUAACUGCUGAAAUGCUAAUUUUACAGUCUUGUGCCAAGCUUUCUAGCCAUUAGCUCUAUUAUAUUAUGAAUAUAAACAGUGCUAAUAUGGCUAAGAGUAAAUAGUGGGCUAAUUGAGCAUCAGUGCUGGAACUGAGGUGUGGUUUUCUGUUUAUUUUAGCUUUUCGCUAACAAGGCUAACAAUGAGGCGCACACGGUGUGUAUUUCUGUAGUAGUGUUUGGUGUGUGAUAGCAUCUAAGCGUUUUUUUUUUUCUGUCAAAGCGUGCGCGUUUGUGUGUGUGGGGGGGGGGUUUGAUCUAGUGCAUGAAAAUGUGUUUCUCAGUUAAAGAUUUUCUUCUUUAUUGCUCUGUUAUAGAGAUAAAAGAAUAAAGUGUCUGUGUUGUUGUUGUUGUUUUUGUUGUUGUUGUUGUUUUUUUUGUUGUUGUUCUUUUAUUUUUUUAAAUAAAUGAAUCUUUAAAUAAAAGA